GCUGCGCUCCAGUCUUCUUCUGCUGACAGCGACCGGACGCGCGCGCCCCCUGCAGGCCGGGCGGAGUCUGAGUCUUUCCUGCUGUCUGUGGAUCCGAACUCCUCUCAAACAUUUCGGUUUUCACACCUGUCAUUAAAGGUUUACAUGCGGGACUCACGAACACAAACAUGUCAACCAUGAGAGUUUCUCUCCUGAAUCCUUCAGGGAUUCCUGCUUCUCUCGGUGACUUUUGCCGCCUGCAGGGUCUGCAUUGUGAUGAGACGUUUUUCAAUAAAGUUUGAAGGAAAAAAGGCGGGACAUGCGCAGUUGGCGCUGCUGUUUGUGCGCGUGAAGCUGCGCAGUCGCUGCGCUGCAGACGGAGAUGGCUGCAGCUUCCUGGUCAGAGCGGGUUCUCCACCUGCUGAACCGCAUGAACAACUUUUACUCUGCAGGCUCCUGCCGGGCCAGCUGCGUCCGGUUUGAGGUGGACGGCGCGCAGGUCGGCUGGAUCCGACCGCACGUGGCUGCGCUGCUGUCCCGGUACCCGCAGGUGUUCACCUGUCCGCGCGGGGGCGCUGUUUCCCUGUGUCAGGGUCUGGACUCGUAUGAGGGGAGGUCGGAGGCCGUGCACGCGGUCCUGCUGGCCCUCAGGGAGGAGGACUGUCUGACCUGCCUCAGAGGAUGGAGGGAUGAGAGGUACAGCGUGAUGCCCAGAUUCUCCGACCCCCCCGUGAUGUGGAUGGAGCGAGCAGCUACCAGUCUCUUUGGGGUGAAGCGCUAUGGAGUGCACGUGAACGCGUACACCGUCAGUGACGGCGGGGAGGUCAGCAUGUGGCUGGCACGCCGCUCCAGCACCAAGCAGACGUAUCCUGGACUGCUGGACAACAUGGCGGCCGGCGGCCUGGCUGCAGGGGUCGGCAUCAAACACACUCUGGUGAAAGAGUGCCAGGAGGAAGCGUGCGUCCCAGAAGACACCGCCAUGACGGCCCGACCCGCAGCGACCGUCAGCUACACAUACGAGGAUGAGGAGGGCGUGUUCCCCGAGAGCCAGUUUGUCUUUGAUCUGGAAGUUCCGGUUGGGUUCAGGCCCAGAAUUGGAGAUGGGGAAGUGCAAGACUUCUACCUGCUGUCGAUAGAAAAGGUGAAGGAGCUGCUGGCGAGCGAUGACUUCAAACCCAACUCUGCCAUGGUGGUGUUAGACUUCCUCAUCAGACACGCGUUCGUGGAGCCGGACUCAGAGCCGUACUAUCAGGAGUUUGUGGCCGGACUCCAUCGAACGCUUUAGAGCGAAGGAGCGGACGCCGUUGACGUGCCGUGGAGCCGCAAACUGCUGCUGGAAGCUGAACCAGAGAGCAGGGAGAGUGUGUGAAGCAGUAUUAGUGCCACGAAAUGAGAGAAAUCCGUUUUAUUUCAAAACUUCCUAAACUCCAUCAAAGUGUAUAGUUUUGGAAUAAAAAGAAUUAAAAAUGUUUGUAAAAUCCUG